CUUUGACGUUGCGCUUGGUAACAUAUCAAUCGACUCACUGCACUGGAUCACAUCUCAGUAACAAAUAAAAUGACAGGAGUUGAUAAUUACCAGGCAAACUGCGUUUUCUGUAAGAUUAUAAGGAAAGAAGAGCCUGGAGAUUGCAUUUACGAGGAUAAUGACAUUGCCUGCAUCAAAGAUAUUCACCCAGCAUCGGAUCACCAUUACCUCAUAGUCCCCAAAACGCAUAUCGUCAAUGCUAAAACCUUGCAGAAAGAGCAGGAAGAAUUGUUUGACAAAAUGGUUGCUACGAUCGAUAUCAUUGUCGACCAGCUCCAACUAGAUAAAAACUCUACAAGAACUGGUUUUCACUGGCCUCCGUUUACAACGGUGAAUCAUUUGCAUCUACACGUUAUUUGCCCCGUGGAAAAUAUGAGUUUCAUCAAGAAUAUGAUGUUUAAACCUAAUUCCACGUGGUUUGUUAGUACGGAUUAUGUGAAAUCACGUUUCACGGAGACUAGUAAAUAUUGAAUUUUCAAUGCAAAAGUACAAAUAAUCAUUUGCCAAACACAAACCGAUGGUGCAGGAAAUAAGAACAAAAUUUUACAUUUAGUUAGCAGAAGGCCUGGGAAAAAUGCCGAUAUCAAACAUGCGUUGCCACUCUUUACCCUCAGGAUAAGCGUAGU